CCCUCACAGCCCUUCAUACCUUUACCCAAGUCACACAUUUGGCAUUUCCACUUCCAAGCUGGUCGGAGUCUCCUGCUGUGGAAACAAAUCAUCCCGCCCAGAAAAAGCCUGCGGGUCAGGAAGUUCACUACAAGACUUUUAACUGAGACUGAAGAUGCCUGAACUAAAAAGGAUCUAAAAAAUGCUUUGUUGGUCACGUAUGAUGCCUGAGCAGAAGAUUGGAUGCUCGGUGUGGCUCCAGGCAGAAGGUAGCAGGGCCAGUCAUGUUCAAAGUGUUGAGGUAAUGAUGGGUAAUAACUCCCCCUGCGACCCAUCUGAGCUGAGUGGAGAAGAAGACGUGGACCGGGUCGAGACGAGUCAACCGGAAACUCCGCAGGCUAAAGGUUGUUGCAAACAUUUGUUGGCGAUGUCAGAGGAUCUGAGGAUUGUGAAACACAAGCCCAGCGCCAUCGUCUUCAGUGACUUUGAGACGUUCAACCACGAGAGCUCAGACGGGGACCAGUCGUCCUCGUCCAGCAAGGACGAGCAGGAGGAGGACGACUUCUCUGAAAACAGUCAGUACAAGGAGUAUGUCAUCAGCCACCGGCGAAGAAAUCUGUGCAGGAACAGGAAGUACGUGAGGAAAGUCCAGAUGAAUGGCGCUCCAGUUUGGCACAAACAGGCCAAGAAGGAUGAUGAAGAGACAGCAGCACAGAAGAAACAAAAACAGAGUGAGGCGUGCGACUCCAUGAUCGUGCUGAUGAAGAAGCUGGAUCAACUCAGUGACGAGGUCCCGGAAACCAAAAAUCCUUCGAAGGCGGACGAGACAAAGAGGAGCAGCCAGCCUUUGAAUCCCGGACCAGACCAGGGUUCGCCCAGAUCCCCAGACAAACCUGAGCCGUUUGCCAAGCGUCGCUCACGACCUCUGACCCGAAGCAGGCCACUGACCCGCUCGUCUCUCUCAUCUCCGCACUUCCACGCUCGACGGGCAAGGGCGGCUGCCCGGCUGACCAGCGGAUCAGCAGAGAUCGAAGCGAAGGAGGCUUGUGAUUGGCUGCGGGCGGCAGGCUUUCCACAAUAUGCUCAACUGUUUGAAGAUUCCCAAUUUCCCAUUGAUAUUCCAUCUGUGAAGCGGGAUCAUGACUUCCUGGAUCGAGACCUGGUUGAGCCUCUCUGUCGGCGUCUGAACACCCUCAACAAAUGUGCCUCCAUGAAACUGGACGUCAGCCAACCCAAGAAGAAAGCUGAUGACUCGGAUGAAGAUGACCCGCUGGCUAUCAGCAAGCGAUGGACCUUUGAGUGGAGCAGCAGGCGCUGGUCUCGACUGCAGGACUUCCUGCUGGAUGGCCACUCUGAAAGCAGCCCGACGGGUCAAAGGCCGGGCCUGCACAGCACGGUGAGCAGCGAGAGCGUGCUCACGGACCUGAGCGAACAGGAGAUCGCGGAGAUCUCCUCCAUCCACAGCGAGGACUCCGCCUCCGCCAUGCCGGACUCGGUGUCAAUGGCGUCUCUGUCCUCUUCCUACAAUACCCCGCGAGACCUUCCGCACUACAACUCCCUGCCGAUCAAGAGCGGUCGGCAUGGACACGGAAGCCGGAGCAAAGCCAAAGAGUUCUUACGUCGGAUGGAAAUAAUGCGCACCUGGGGGCCGUCGACGAGACGGAAGAGCUCCCAUCGCAGGCCGCCGAUGGUCAUCAGUGGACCAGUGCUGCAGGGGGAGGAGCCUCUGGCCCUGCAGGUGCUCCAGUGUACGCCCAUCAGCCAACUAGAGCAAAAACAGAACCAGCCUGAUAGCGACCCGCCGUCUGUGGGUGAUUCUGAGGACAUUUCCAUGAUGAACGUCAGCCCUGUCCACGAGACCCCCCCACCAAGUGUGACCGUGCCAGCAAAACCCCGGACGGCCAGCAAGAGAAGCAGCAUGUACCUGGAGGACAUGGAGCUGCCGUCCCAGGGUAAGAGGACUGAGGGGCAGGGGCAGUUUGGCAGGAGCCACUUCUACUCUUAUGAAAACCUCCUCAUUCACGUCCCCAAGGAUCACAAGCCGGGCACUUUUCCGAAAGCUCUCUCCAUAGAGAGCCUGGCACCAUCGCCAGGGGAUGGCGACAGCGUCCCCCAGACACAGCCCCAGACUUCUCCCCCCAAAAAUGGCCUGGCAGAUCUUUGGUCUGGAAAAGCACUAUCCAAGCCUGUGUGUCCGGGAGCCCCCCGGGGCAGCAGGGUCAGCGUUUAUGACAACGUGCCCGGCUCCCAGCUGUACGCCAGCACUGGAGACCUGCUGGACCUGGAGAAGGAGGACAACCUCUUCCCUCACCUGGACGACAUCAUUCAGCACGUGAGCGGCCUGCAGCAAAUCGUGGACCACUGGAGCCGGAGUGUGCUGCCCGAGGGGGAGGCGGGGGAGGACGACGGGGAGGGGCGAACGACGUCCAGCGAGGGGGAGAGAGAUGGGCUCUCUCUCAAUGACACGGACUCUACAGGAACAAGUCGUGAGAGGAGGGAUUCCGGAGUGGGAGCUUCGCUGACGAGACCCCGCAUCCGAUGGCCCAGUUUCCGGGCGUCCGGUCACCUCAGCGAGCCGGCGCUGUCCCUCCAGAUCAGCAGCCAGUCGGCCGGACAGCUCAGCCUGCUGCAGAAGUUCUCGCUGCUCCGCCUCACCGCCAUCAUGGAGAAGUACUCCAUGUCCAACAAACAUGGCUGGACCUGGUCUGUGCCCAAGUUUAUGAAGCGCAUGAAGGUACCAGACUACAAAGAGAAGAGUGUGUUCGGUGUCCCCCUCAUCGUCCAUGUCCAGCGCUGUGGCUUUCCGCUCCCUCUGUGUUUACAACAAGCCCUCAGCCACCUGAGGACACAGUGUUUGGACCAGGUCGGAUUGUUCCGAAAGUCUGGAGUCAAGUCACGUAUUCAGGCCUUGAGGCAGCAGUGUGAGAUCUCCCCCGACUCUGUGAACUACGAGGACCAGUCGGCUUAUGAUGUGGCCGACAUGGUCAAGCAGUUCUUCAGAGACUUGCCUGAACCUCUGCUGACCAGCAAGCUGGGAGAGACCUUCUUGCACAUCUACCAGUACGUCCCAAAGGAGCAGAGGCUGCAGGCCGUCCGGGCGGCCAUUUUAUUAAUGCCGGACGAAAACAGGGAGGUUCUGCAGACGUUGCUCUACUUCCUCCGUGAUGUCACGUCCAUGGUGGAGGAGAACCAGAUGACCCCCAUGAACCUCGCAGUAUGUCUGGGACCUUCACUCUUUCACCUGAGCCUGAUGAAAAACGAGACCCUCUCACCAAGGUCCAUCCAGAGGAAGUACACCACGGGACGUCCUGACCAGAAAGACCUGAAUGAGAACUUAGCCGCCACCCAGGGUCUCUCUCACAUGAUCUCGGAGUGUGACUGUCUCUUCCAGAUCCCUGAGGAGAUGGUGAGCCAGUCACGGAAUUCCUACAUGGAAGCCGAGCUGCUGGUGCCGCCGCUGGAGGAGCUGUGUAAGGCGCACGAGGAUGAGGAGGCUGAAGAUGAGGUGGAGGAGGAGGUGGAGGAUGAAGAAGGGUCCUAUCAUACGCAUCUGGAGCGGCUGGUGCAGAACCUGCUGAAAGAGGUCAAAGAUAAGAGCAAGGGCUGGAUGUCGCGGUCGUCCACGGACCACACCGAGCUGGCGUCUAAGAAGGUGGGAGAUGGAAACCCCCUCCGGCGGUGGCGAGUCACUACGGAGCUCUCUGCAUCUCCUGGUGACGUGCUGCAGCGACUGCUGAGAGAGCGCCCCCUGUGGCAACUUGAACUAAAACAGGAGAAGGUCCUGGAGACGCUGGACAAGCAGACAGAUGUCUACCACUACUGCUGCCACAACAUGCCACCUCAACCCUGCUGUGACUUUGUGGUACUACGGUCAUGGCGCACUGACUUGUGUAAAGGCUCCUGCGCUCUGGUGUGUGUGUCUGUGGAACAUGAGGACAGCCCACAAAUUGGAGCCAUCCGAGGGGUUGUGUUGGAAUCCCAGUACCUCCUGGAGCCGUGUGGACCUGGGAGAACCAGACUCACGCAUCUCUCAAGAGUAGACCUCAGAGGCAGAUCUCCGGAAUGGUACAACAAGACUUUUGGAUACUUGUGUGUCAACGAAGCUCUCAGGGUUCGAGCCUCGUUUCUCCAGCAGGAUCAGAGCAGCACUGAGGCCAGGGUGUGAACAGGCAGGGUCCAGGACUAGAGCUACUCAUGCAGUCGCUUCCUCCAGCGUCAUUUGUCCUCGUGGUUUCACUUCACUUCCCUGUCAAAGAUGCACAGAGACAGGAAGUGAGUCGAGUUCAGCACAAAACUAAAUCCUUUUUAUUUAAAAUGAUUAUCAGCAAGAAGUCGACGUCACGUUGCUUUAAAACCGAUACUUUUCAGUUCAACCGCAGUGGAAGACGUGACCUCUAACUUUCGCCGGUUCUUCCCAACUGUUUUCUCCUCCAAGGUUGCUCUCUAAUAAGCCCUCCUCUCGGGAAAUUCAAGUCAAAGCUGGCAGCAAUUCCAGGUUCAGACUCAAGGUCAGCAUGUUGAAUUGAUUCUGCUUCUUUCCCCCGAAAUAACUCCCUAAUUACAGACGUGAAUCUCUGGCAGAUGAAGAUGCACUGAGCUCUCUCUCAUUGAGACUUGGACCAGCUGACUAGCUCCAUCCACGAAUACCGUUUCAUAUCACUGGCGUUGUAGUUUUCUGCGUGCGAUCGUAAUGUUAUUUUAUUGUAAUAGUUGUCCUCUGUAUCACUGAUGCUGUCAUGCUCUAUGAUGUCUAAGACAUGUGACCAUAUCGCUGCUUCUGGGAAGCAUAUCUUGAAAGUGUUUUUAUGUCAGAUAAACAUCAGGCCUGUAAUGUAAAUACUGAACGCUUCCCGUGCCAGCAGAGCCAGCGACCCGGAAAUGUCGUGAAGAGUCUUGCAUUCACUCGUGAGAGAUCUGAAACGAUCAACAAGAUUGUUAAAUGACCAGUGAACGCAACACUCUUCGAAGCGGCGUCUCAUUUCUGCUCGCCAUCCAACUAAAGCAAUAGAAGAGUCCGGCUCGCUCCGCCACAGCUUUGCCUUGGCCUGCUCCUGUUUAGGCUGCGUUGCUAUGAUACAGCAUCUGGAUGGCGCCGCCGCCACAGCCCUGCGUGGAUGAGUGUGAAUGAAUGUGUGUGUGGAUCUGACGUGAGCCGUUCGUGCCGAGGCUCCAAACAACCGUGGUGGUUUACGCUUCUGACCUGAAAAAAAGCAGUGUUUUUAAGCAGGAGAAUAAAAUAAUUCAAUAUUAAUGCUGUUGGGUUGUCGUUGUUUUCCUUGUUCCUUCUGAGCAGCUGUUCAAGAACCUUGUAAUUAUUGUGAUGUUGGAAGUUGUCGCACAACAAUUUGCAACUUGUGACUUUUUCUUUAAAAUGACUGACAGUGAGACAACUUUCUUAAAUUAUCUUUAUCUGGUUUUAGCUGUGAACUGGAGCGAAAUAUUUGCUCAGCAUGGUCUUAGCACGAUAAGUGCCAAUAUUAAUUCCAUUUCCUGUUGCGGCCGCCUCUGUUUAUUCGACUUA